CCAUGGUGCAUUUGUUCCGACCAUCCAGUAGCCAUUGGAAGCGAGCCGUGCUGGAGCCUCUCCUCCUUCAAACAUCUCCUGCCGCUGCUGCAUCUCCUUCCUACCACCUCCUUUCCUUGCUCAAACAGUGUUCCAACCUUAAACACUUACACCAGACUCAUUGCUUCAUGCUCUCUAGAGGCCUCGACCAGGAUAACAUCCUCCUUAGCAGAUUCAUUGAGGCUUGCUCUUCUUUGGGCUUCUCCCAUUAUAGCCACUCCAUCUUCACCCACAAGACCCGACCAGAUAUCUAUCUCUAUAACACCAUUAUCAAGGCUCUUUCCAACCCUGAACUUGCCACAGAGGCUAUUCUUCUCUAUAACAGAAUUCUAGCCUCCGAUUUGCGAUUCGACACCUACUCUUUACCCUUUGUGCUGAAGGCCGUUGUUCGUCUAUUGGCAAUCCAUGUUGGGAGGCAGAUUCACUGUCAGGCUAUUGGGACUGGGCUAGUCAGUGACAUUCACGUGGUGACCGCUCUCAUUCAAAUGUAUUCGUCUUGUGGAUGCGUUUCUGAGGCUCGGCAGCUGUUUGACGGAGUGUGUUUUAGAGAUGUGGCAUUCUGGAAUGCAAUGGUAGCUGGCUAUGCCAAGGUGGGUGAUGUUGACAAUGCGCGACACUUGUUUGAGCGUAUGCCUGAGAGGAAUGUCAUUUCUUGGACUGCUGUAAUUGCAGGGUAUGCUCAGAUGGACAGACCCAAUGAGGCAAUCACAAUGUUUAGGAGGAUGCAACUUGAGGAAGUGGAGCCCGAUGAAAUUGCAAUGUUGGCCGCACUCUCAGCUUGUGCUCAUUUGGGUGCUCUCGAGUUGGGGGAGUGGAUCCAUAACUAUAUUGAUAAACAUGGAUUGUCUAAAAUUGUUCCUCUUAACAAUGCCCUCAUAGACAUGUAUGCAAAAUGUGGUAAAAUAGAGAAGGCCCUAGAAGUUUUCAAGAACAUGGAGCAUAAAAGCGUCAUUACUUGGACUUCGAUGAUUGAUGGGCUGGCUUUACAUGGGCUUGGAAGAGAAGCCCUUGAAAUGUUCUCUUGCAUGGAAAGGAAUAGGAUUAAGCCAAAUGAAAUCACUUUCGUUGCCAUCCUUUCUGCUUGUUGCCAUGUUGGAUUGGUAGAAAUAGGCCGCUGGUAUUUCAAAUGCAUGGCCACAAAGUAUGGGAUUAAACCAAAAAUUCAACAUUAUGGCUGUAUGAUUGAUUUACUUGGGCGUGCUGGUUUCCUCCAAGAGGCACAGGAACUAGUUAGGGGGAUGCCAUUUGAAGCCAAUGCUCCUAUAUGGGGGUCCCUUCUUGCUGCUGCAAGAAUCCAUGGAGAUGCUGAACUUGGGAAACGAGCUUUACAGCAUUUGAUCAAGGUGGAGCCCCAUAAUAGUGGAAACUAUACACUUUUAUCUAAUAUAUAUGCCACCCAAAGUAAGUGGAAUGAAGCUGGGAUGGUGAGGAAAGUGAUGAGGGACACAGGUGUUAAGAAGAUGCCAGGUGGGAGUUGCAUUGAAGUAAAUAACAGAGUUCAUGAAUUUGUUGCAGGUGACAAAUUGCACCCUCAGUCUGAGAGGAUAUUUGAAGUUCUUUGCAAGAUAAACUUGCAGUCGAAGAUAGCUAUGUAUGUGCAAAUGGAACAUGUAGAGAUGCUUGAAUCCAAUAAGGAAUCAGGAUAUAUUUCUACUUCUAUCUGUGCAUGAUCUUGUGUAGAACAGUCUCAAGUACCAUUCAGACAAGAAUGCAAUAUGAAUUGAUGGAGCUGCUGCAAUCCCCAAGAAAAAAAAAACCAAAAUGCACUUUAUGUCGAAAGCCAAGUGAAUCCAAUUUAUGUUGAAGAUGUGUCUUUCAAGUGAACUAAGGUCUGUUGACAGGACAGUUGAACAAAUUCAAUGUUUGUUUAGUUCAAAUGAUAAGAUCUAGAAAUGGGCUUCACCUGAUGUCUUGGUGUUUUGUCAAGAUUUGCUGCAUUUAUGCUACUUUGUCUUGACCAGGUGCUUGGGCCACUAAAAUCCAUCUUUCUUGAAUUAAAGAGCCUGUUGAGAAUGAAAUAGCAUCACGGGAAGAGAUCCAUGACAUGUUCCUUGAUAAGUGACAGUUAUCAUAACACUUCCAUAUCUUCAGGAACCCAAUUCUAUUAGGGGUGUGGCAUUAUGUAUUUGUUGGCCUUCAUUAUAUAUGUCAUAAAGCGCUUGGAGGAAUCAGAUUUUUCUCAGCAAAUUCUGAAAACAUAUAGUAUUGGCAAAAAACUAUAUCCAUAGGGCAGCAGGCUGAUCGAAUUAUGUGGAGAUGAGGAAAUAAUGUUUCUUUCUUGCUAGGGAAACUUACAGAUUCAGCAUGGCGAGACAAUGCUUUUCUCCUCCUUGCAGAGGCAGGGCCUUUCUUUUCUGAACUUUCAUGAUCUAUUCCAGAUUUUCUUCUACUGCAAAUAGUUGGCCUCAUAAAUCUUGGUAUCCUUGGUAUGGGAGCUGCUGUAACAUCCCCAGUCCUGUUACUAAUAAUUUCUACUUUAGAUUGUGGCUCUUCCAUAGAUGGAUGGGAAGCUUCCAGUUGCUCAUUGGAAGAUGAUAUGGUCCCCAUUGGUCAUUGCAAGUUCCUUCUGGUCCCUGAUUUCCUGCUUUCCAAUUGUUGAACACAGUAGCAAGAACUAAAUUUCAGAUUUAAAUUUACAAGGAGACGGAAGCAUUUUUCUGCAUGAGGCCACAAGAUGAGAUAUCUGAGAUGGAAAUUCUAGAAGUCCCCAAAUACAUCAUUAGUUAGAGUAUUUGUAUUGAUCAGUGUUCUGUUCCAGAUGCAUUCCCUUUUGAUGUAUUUUUUAUACUUCUGAAUAGUAUAAUAGCAUGUUUUCUCAGUUUUCUUAAUGUAUGUGCAUCAGAAAAAUGUUUAAUGUGAAA